AAGCUGCUGUGUCCAAUCACAAACAAUGACUCCAGCUAUUGGCUUAGAAUUGCUGGCUGCCUGACUCCUGCUGCAGGGUUACAAUUUCUACUCUUCUUGUCCGUUCAACUCCUCUAGUCAGCAAAACAGCCCAGCACAGAGUAGCAGGCAUAUCAGACAAAAUCAAAGGGUUUCCAUAUGCAAAAGUGGGGCUCAUAGCUCUUCUGCAGCAAAUCUAAAUCUAGAGAAGUUUGAUAAGUUACAAUGAUGGAGAGUAAAACAGCCUGUCAAGCACUAGAGCAAACUUAAGACCUGAUUUCUUUAUCAGAUGACUGAACUGUACUUGUGAGUAAAGGUCAGCUUGGCCUGCCUGGGGGAAGAAUAGGAAGAACUUCACUUGUUAACUGUUUGAUUCAUUGAACAAUUUUGGAGUCUCUCUCCUUGAUGAUUUUUGCAUGCAACUGCUGAUCUGAGCAGCUAAACACACUCAUGGUAGAUGCCAAAGGAAGGAACAUGAAAUGUCUCACUUUCUUCUUGAUGCUUCCAGAGUCGGUGAAGAUCAGGUCUAAGAAAAGUAACAAAAAGGGGAGCCCUACAAACUCCAAAUUGCCGCCAGUGUGCUAUGAAAUAAUCACUGUGAAAACUAAGAAAAAGAAGAAGAUGGCUUCUGAGAUCUUUCCCACUAAGAAACCAGCCAGCACCACCACCGUCCAGAACUAUCAGCAAAAUCUGAAUAACAAUAACACUAUCCCGGCUACUAACUGGCAAGGGCUGUACCCCACUAUCCGAGAGAGAAAUGCAGUGAUGUUUAACAAUGAAUUGAUGGCAGAUGUUCAUUUUGUGGUUGGUCUACCUGGAGGGACUCGGCGGUUGCCAGGACACAGAUAUGUCUUGGCUGUUGGAAGCUCUGUCUUUCAUGCCAUGUUUUAUGGAGAGCUUGCAGAGGACAAGGAUGAAAUUAGAAUCCCAGAUGUGGAACCUGCUGCCUUUCUUGCUAUGCUGAAGUACAUAUAUUGUGAUGAGAUUGAUCUGAGUGCUGAUACAGUGCUGGCUACCUUAUAUGCUGCUAAGAAGUACAUUGUCCCCCACCUGGCACGUGCCUGUGUCAUCUUCCUGGAGACCAGCUUGAGCGCCAAGAACGCCUGUGUGCUGCUGUCACAGAGCUGCCUGUUCGAGGAGCCCGACCUGACCCAGCGUUGCUGGGAGGUGAUCGAUGCGCAAGCCGAGCUUGCUUUAAAAUCCGAGGGCUUCUGUGACAUUGAUUCCCAGACACUGGAGAGCAUCCUCAGGAGGGAGACUCUCAACGCUAAAGAGAUUGUCAUCUUUGAAGCAACACUCAAUUGGGCCGAGGCUGAAUGCCAAAGGCAGGAAAUGACUGUCACCAUUGACAACAAGCGCAAGGUGUUGGGCAAGGCUGUUUACCUUGUACGCAUCCCUACCAUGGCGUUGGAUGACUUUGCCAAUGGAGCAGCCCAGUCGGGCGUCCUUACCCUCAAUGAGACCAACGACAUCUUCCUUUGGUACACUGCUGCCAAGAAACCAGACCUGGAGUUUGUGAGCAACCCUAGGAAAGGCUUGGUUCCCCAACGCUGCCACCGUUUCCAGUCAUGCGCGUACCGUAGCAACCAGUGGCGCUACCGGGGAAGGUGCGACAGUAUCCAGUUUGCAGUGGACAAGCGAGUGUUCAUUGCUGGCUUCGGACUGUAUGGCUCAAGCUGCGGAUCAGCGGAAUACAGCACCAAGAUCGAACUCAAACGGCAAGGGGUCAUCUUGGGGACAAACGUGAGCAAAUAUUUCUCUGACGGGUCGAGCAACACCUUCCCUGUCUGGUUUGAAUACCCAGUGCAGAUUGAGCCUGACACUUUUUAUACAGCAAGCGUGGUUCUCGAUGGGAAUGAACUGAGUUACUUUGGGCAGGAAGGCAUGACAGAGGUGCAGUGUGGGAAAGUGACCUUCCAGUUUCAGUGUUCCUCAGACAGCACCAAUGGAACAGGUGUGCAAGGCGGACAGAUACCAGAGCUCAUAUUCUAUGCCUGAAGUAGUGAACUCCAAACUUGCGUACUAUACAACCUUUAUAUUAUUUAUGGGUUUUGUUAUUCAAAUUUCAAAAACAUGCAUGAAGUGACAUUUUUUCUUUCUGUUUUUUCUUUUAACUUUUUACAAAUGUAAUAUGGGCUGGACCUUCAAGGUUGAUAAGCCAUUUUGUUAUACACUAUACAAUUUCUUUUUCUUGAAUCCUGGGAUGAAAUAAAGCAGGCUAACUACUGUAUCAUAAAUAACUAAAAACAAAUGGCAAGCCCCAUUGAAUACAUGUCCACCUCAGUUACAGAAGGCCACACUGCUCUGACAUCCAUUAUAUACAGCUAGCACUGGAUUUUUGCGAUAAUUUGGCUUUGAGGCAUAUAUGUAUAAAUGAUAAACUAGUAAUUUUAAUGUCUACUUUGUACAAAGUUGAGGAUUAUGUUUCAAACAAGGGUAGAAUACGAUGUGCACUUUCAUAUUUUCCAGCAUACAAAUAAGCUUUAUCUCAAUGUUUCAUUACUACACUCCUCUGAUAAGAUGCCAGCACAUUUUUCAGGUUUCUGAUGAACUUUUAAUUAUGAUUUCUGUUUCUAUUUCUGAGUCAGUGCCUGUUCACAUGUCAUAACUGUAACAAUUAUAGGGAGUCAGGCACUGCAGUUGAUGAUAUUGUGACAUACAUGGAUUACUGCAUUGGCUUUCCACAGCAUUGGUGAUGAUUGCGUUGGGCUAGCCUCACCACGCUCCAAUGACCACUACUGGUCAAGCUGCCGACAGAGACUUCCCAGGCUGGUCCCUUGCCUCCAGGUUUCAGUAGCUGGUUAAGACACGUUGUGAAGUUCAGCGGGUGAAAAGAAAUGAGCUUUUCAGCAGGAGCAUUGCUAUUCAGUCCUCUUGAUCAGUAACUUGGUAGAUGUAUGUAAAAUCACAGUUUUUUUUUUUUUGUGAUGAACAGAAACAUGUUUCAGAGUGCAUCUUAAAUUAGAUGCUUCACGGUGUGCUUGUAAAUGAGCAAUGUGGAAAAGCUUUUUUCACAUCAAAUCCAUCAUGCUGUAUGUGGUGAAAUAUACAGAUCCCUUUUGACUUUUGUGGUGUACAGUAUGCAUGCAUAGUGACUUGGUGAACACUGUAAAUAGCCAGCCAGUAAGUUACCUUAAUCUUUGGGCUCGCUGCUAACAUGUGCUGGUGCCCACAGGAAUUAUUCUCAGUUAAGAACAGAAAAGUACUGCUUCACUGCUGGCUUCCUGGCAUUUUGCCAUUAAAGAAGUUGCAGUAUCUGCUCAAACUGUAAGAACUACUAUGGAACAAAUGGCUAUAGACUCUUCCAUUCAUGAUUAACACCAUUUUAUUCCAGCACUAACCUCAAUCAGUACAGUGUGAAAGGAAUGUGUGCAUUUCCUAUAUCUGGAAGAUAAAGACAAAAAAAGCAAGAGUCAGCAGAGCCUUUAUAAUUCAACCCUUUAAUUUUUACACAAAGAUAAACAUUUGACAAAUUAGCCACAUUUGAGUCUGAUUUUUCCCGUGCAAAGAAUAAAAACCUUAUCACGACAAUCAAUAACAAAUUAAUUUAAAAUUGUAUGGAAUCCUUUAAAAUGUGUUUUUUUUUUUUUUUUUUUUUUUUUUAAAUAGGCCAGCCAGCGUGAAUCUGUGACAAGUGUUUUCAUGUUUGUAAAGUCUGCAGAAUAUAUCAAUGUCUAACUCCAUCAUUGUAUGUGGUGUUUUAAAUUACUUGAUGAAUCUAUUCAGAUGUGAUUUUAAAAAUGUACAUUAAAAACACCUGUAAACAUGUUUUUUAAUAUCAGAGUGAACUGGCAAUAGGGUCAUCCAGGGGAAAUAUUGCAUGAGACUUAGUUCUUGCUUUUAGCUUUAAAAAAUAAAUACAUAAACAUGAUUUGACCUCGGUGAAGAAUUAUUAUUAUAUAAUUUAUUUGCUGUGUCUCUACACAAGAAAAUAUUAAUAAUAUGACACACUUGGAUCAUAGCUUACAUUUUUAUGAUUGUACUGAUUCCACGCUUCGACUGGGGAAAGAAUUUGUACUGGGGUCACAAAAAAAAGUUUUGGGCGUCUUAUAUAUACCCUGGAUGACCCUGUAUGUUCUAAUACAAAUGGUUCAACAUAAGUUGUACAGAGGUAAAUGUUCUAAGUUUUGCAUAUAUUGCACUGAUUGUAUGCCAUUUAUGUUAAAAAAAAAAAAAAAAAAAAAAAAAAGAGAGAGAGAAUGAAUAACCUUUAGUUCAGUAACAUUGAGUUUGUAUCAGAUCCCACGGGGCCUGAAACUACCCGAGACUGAUUGAUAGUUAUGGAGGAAAAAAUAUAUUUAUGAAGUACCUCACAGUGAAUGUUACUGUACUGGACGUUUAGUGUUACAGUGCCGAUAGACACAUGAAUGUGCAUGAUAGUUGCAAAUAAAAAUAAAACUUUCUGUAAACCUUAAAAGAGGAUCACUGUAGUAU